AAUUUCGUAUGAAUAUCUUGAGACAGUUGUGUUGGCGAUUACAUACGCCAACCACUAAAUUGAAAAGGAGCAGAACCCGUAAUGGCGCGGUCAUUGUGGUUCGUGCUAGCUGCAGUAGUGGCGUGUGCCACAGCUCAACAGAACUUCAGUAUUGCAGAUUUUUUGUCGGGGCAGUUCAGCCAAAGGGGUUUUACCGGCCGUUGGAUUUCAGACACUAGGUUCACAUACACCGUUGCUGGACAACCUGGAAUCCUUCAAUAUGACUGUGCCACAGAUACAAGCUCAGUACUAGUUUCAGGAAACCUUUUGGAACAACUGGAAACUAAUAAUCCCAUUCUUUCACCCGACGAGAAGUUCAUUUUAGCUUCGCGAGAUGUUCAGUCGGUGUAUCGGUACUCUACGACUGCUAGAUACGCACUUUUCAAUAUCGAGAGUGGGCAAACAAUCAAUGUGGGUAAUGAUAACCGCCUGCAGCUUUGUAUCUUUGGUGGCAACGAGCACGCCCUGGCUUACGUGUACGGCAACAACUUGUACUAUCUACCCAACAGCAAUGCUCAACCCAUUGCCAUUACCAACGAUGGAAUAGAGGGCGUCUACUACAAUGGACACACUGACUGGGUGUACGAAGAGGACGUUAUGUACACCGGUCAGGCGACUUGGUUUUCGACAGCCGGUUCGUAUUUGGCUUUUGCGACUUAUGACGAUACCGGAGUUGAAGACUACUCUUAUUAUUACUAUACUGAUAGUGACAAUGAUGGCAAAGAGUUUGUCUACCCAAAACUCUUCAGCCUCAGGUAUCCCAAGGUGGACCGCGAUAACCCCAAUGUGAUACUUCGAGUGGUGAACUUAGCUCAGCUGGUAGCUAACCCUACAAACCCAAGUUUCAUCAGGAUGAAUGCUCCGACGGCCGUCACCGCCGACCACAUACUGGGCGGAGUCACUUGGGUCAAUGACAACGAAAUUGCUAUGCACUGGAUGAACAGGCGACAGAACUAUUCCGUACUACAGAUCUGCAACAUAGUCACUAGUCAAUGUGUGGAGGAGCAUCGAGAGGAGCCGAAAGGUUGGAUCCCCUUGGCCUUGCCUCGGUUCAGCAAGGACGGAGAAUUCUACGUGUCGACGCGCUGGUCGCUGUCUCAGGCCGACGGCAACAUUUGGCAACACCUGUACCUCAGCAUGAGGGUCGGUAAUGAAAUAAUCUCGUCCUCCAUCUCCCCUGGAGCGUCCACCGUGAAUAACUUCAUUGGAAUGGAUGAAACCCCUGGCCGUUUAGCUUUUUACUACACGCGCACGAUGCCUAACAUGCCAUGGCAGUCUGAAGUAUGUGUAGCAGGAGCGAGAGAUAGAUGCUUCAGCAGAAACUUGGUGCUACCUGACGGCGGGCCCUGCACCUGGGCCACGGCCACCCUCAGCCCGGGAGGAUCCUUCAUGACUAUCACCUGCUCUUCACCUGAAGAACCCUCCGCCACCUUCAUUAUCGAUCUUAUGGCCGAAAACAAGGCCCCUGUACUAUGGGAGGCAAACGAAAACGUACGUCUAAACUUGGUGGGCAAAGCAAGAUGGGGGAGUAUCAUCACGACUGUACCCCUCGAGAAUGGGUUCCCAGCCCCUGUCAGACUACUCCUUCCUCCUGGUUUGGACGUCAACGACACAAACACCAAGUACCCCGUCAUCUUCUACGUGUACUCCGGACCUAACACUAACACCGUCUAUAAUACCUUUACUGUUGGUUACCACUCCUACCUGACUACCAGUCGUAACGUCAUCUACAUGUUGGCUGAUGGGCGAGGUUCAGGUCUUAAGGGCCAGGACAUUCUGUUCUCACUCAACAAUGCGCUCGGAACUGUCGAGGUGGAGGACCACUUCGUUAUCCUCAGGCAAGUUUUGGAGCGGUUCCCGUUCAUAGAUCGCACUAGAGUGGGUAUCUGGGGGCACAGCUAUGGUGGUUACGCGACCCUCCUCACGAUGCUGAAGGAUGAUGAGAAACUCUUCCAGUGCGGUGUUUCUGGAGCUCCUGUUACCUCCUGGCUCUAUUAUAAUACAAUGUACACAGAACGUUACAUGGGCAGGCCCAGGGAAGAUGACAAUCUUAAGGGCUACCAAGCUGGUGACGUCACAUUAAUGGCGGAGAAGCUCCGAGGACAUGACUUCUUCAUCAUGCACGGAAACGCGGACGACAACGUCCACUACCAGAAUGCUGCUAAGCUGAUCAAGGCUCUUCAGGACCUUGAUAUUCCGUUUGAGCAGAUGUCAUAUCCUGAUGAAGCUCACAGUUUGGCUGGAGUUAACCCGCACAGAUAUCGAGCAAUGGACCGUUACUGGACCCGUUGUUUGCGGCUGCAAGAUUGAAACUAAUAACUUUUACUAAUUUAAUACAUAAAACGUAUCUUACCUGUCUACCAAUAGAGGCGGUUUUCGCUUGCAACGCCGGUUAAAUUAUUGAAAAUAAUGCAAUUUUGUUAAGCUAGUGCCUAUACGUUUAUUAAUAAUGUUUAGUAAAAAGGUUUUCAAGUUUCAAGAACGGUCGUUCACGUACCUACAUACAUAAUAAGUUUUAUAAGGUAACA